GCAAAAGAUCCUUCCACGUCGACAAAUGCAGAGACGCACAUAGUCACAAAUACAGUUCCAAGAAGAUAGAGAGAACAAAAGAGAGGGAGAGAGAGAGCUCUCUCUAUAGCUCGACUCCUCACAUACAUGGCGGCCGCAGCUCGAGCUUUUACUCUUUCUCGCAUCACCGAUUUGUCAUUGAAACAUCUCACCUCGUCUCCUUCUACGACUCCGUUUUCCCGCCACAAUCUCUUUGCGCGGCCUCCUCCUUCCGUUUCGUCCGCAGCCGCCGUCACUGUCAGCUGCCUCAGCAGCGGCGGUGGCGUUUCCGACGACUUUGUAUCAACUCGGAAGUCUAGCUUUGACCGCGGUUUUUUGGUAAUCGCUAACAUGCUUAAACGAAUCGAGCCUCUCGAUACCUCCGUCAUCUCCAAGGGAGUUUCUGAUUCCGCUAAGGAUUCAAUGAAGCAGACUAUUUCCACAAUGCUAGGGUUGCUCCCAUCCGAUCAAUUCUCUGUCAUGAUUAGGGUUUCAAAGCAUCCUCUCGAUAGCCUCCUCAUCUCCGCUGUCAUAACAGGGUACACGCUGUGGAAUGCUGAGUACAGAAUAUCUUUAAUGAGGAAUUUGGAUAUAUCUGUGGAAAACUCGGAGAAAUUGAAUUCCUCAGAACAGAACGAGGAAUCAAUAGAGCAGAGUGAAGAGAGCGAGAGUAGAGGUGGUGAGAUUGGUAUUCAAGAUUUAGAGAUUAGUCCAAAGGUUUUUGGGGAUUUGUCGCCGGAGGCUUUGAAUUAUAUUCAGAAGUUGCAAUCGGAGUUAUCUAAUGUGGAGCAGGAAUUGGAUGCCCAGAAGAAAGAAACUAUGCAAAUAGAAUGUAACAGAGGGAGUAGAAAUGAUUUAUUAGAAUAUUUGCGUUCGUUGGAUUCUGAAAUGGUGUCAGAAUUAUCUCGACCAUCAUCUAUAGAGGUGGAGGAUAUCAUUCACCAGCUCGUUCAAAAUAUAGUAAGAAGAUUCUUCAAAGAUGAUCCCACCUCCAAUUUAAUUGGGCAUUCAAUCAUAGGAAAUACUGAAGAUCACAAAGAUACUGCAGAUGAAUUUUGUGAUACCAUAAGAACUUCUCGUGAUUACCUAGCGAAGCUGCUUUUCUGGUGUAUGUUACUAGGUCAUCAUUUAAGAGGCUUGGAGAACAGAUUGCAUCUAAGUUGUGUUGUGGGAUUGUUGUAAAGAAAAGGAGGCAUGUACAUUCUUUUCUUUUUGUUAAUCUAUGUACCUAUUGCUUUUUCAAAUAUAAACCAUUUAUAGUUGGAUUUUUUUUUAUCCCAAAAACCAUUUUGUGCUUC